AGUAAUGUCUCCGGCCGAUAAGAUUUCGCCCACUAACUCGAUCAUACCACUUGUAGCUAGAGUCGAACGGUGUCAAAAUAAGGCCACCCUGUCAGCUUGAUUAUCGUGACGAGGAAACAAAGACUAAAGCAACAACUUUAUUGGAUAUUUAGCCACGUACAACGAAAUAUGAAAUCAAUACUAUUAACAAGCUGCCUACUGGGCGUGUACAUGUUUACGGUGGGCAUCGAAGGCGCUUGUCAGGACGUGGGCAGCUUUAUGGGCGCGUGGGUCGACGAUGGUUCGGCAGCUGGUCUUGUCAAAUCGAAGUGUUCCGGACUUAAUCGAGGAACCGACAGCUGGCGUAAGAGGACAAAGGUAAAAGAUUCGUGCAGUUCGGUAUCUCGCAACACGCCGAUCGCAAGCUUUGUUGGGAAAAAAUACCGCGGGUACGCCGCCAUUUUUGUCAGGUGCGGCCGCGAGGGAAUCCACGUUUACGACCAAACACCCCACCGACCACUGGGAUUGCGAUUCAUUCCAUGGGGCGGCACUGUGGCAAAUCAUAAUGCUGAGAACUUCUUCACGAUCCACUGAUUCCCUCAGUUAGUAAUACCCCAUUGAUUGACUGAUUGAUUGAAUAACUGCACUAUCGGCUACAGAUGCUCAUUAUUGUAAUUCUAAUUACUUUGAUAUAUAAUGUUAGUUUUCUAGUAGAAUCUUAACUAGAUACUUAUACCGAUGUUUACUUUGCUUACGUAUUGGGGUUAUAUUUGAAGUUUUGCUCACUUUUUUUCCAAAUCACUAAUGUACAGCCUCAUAGAUCAUCCAAACAUAAAGCACCAGAAACCUCAAAAUUGAGGUAAUUUUAACGAAUUAUUUAUACAUUUGAAUAGAGAUGAUUUACGGAUUUGCCUAAAUAAACGUUGCUAUUUAUCUAACUUCGCUAUUAGUUCAACGACCUACUGCUCAGUUCGUAGCCAUUGAUUACGCUUCGAGAUAUACCGUUUAUGGCAACUAUCCGAAUAGUCGUUCUAUAUGAAAUUCAACACGUUUAAUAGUUAAGUUAAAACUUUUAUUGCAAAAUUACUUAAGUAACGUAAACGAUCAAUUUCUAUCAACAUAUAGACCGUAAUUGUCAUUGGACCCUUGUACGGUGCUGUUCGUCCUAACGGCCUACUAUAUUCAAAUGCAGAAUUCAGGUAUUUUACUAUCUACAACUCCACAGCGUAUUUAAUGCGAUGAUCUUCACACAAAUCUCUGUGUACGUAUGUAAAUAGUGCUGUCCUCACAAUUGAGGGCCUUAUCUGAAAUAAACAUGAUAACAUUUUGAGACAUCCUAUGUAUUUCACUAUUACUAUUAUGUACACCAAAGUAAAAUAUCACUCAUAGAUGGAUCAAAUAAUACAGAUGUAGAAACAAUUCCAAGGUUGUUAUUACUCUCAGUCAGACCUUAUGACUUCCACGAUUGUUUCACUUCGAAGACCCAUACCUCUCGUCAGAGCAACACAUUAGGCUUCUGUGAUUAUUACGCAUAACAUUGUUGACUCACGAAGUGCGUAUUCUAAUUUAGAAACAACUUCGAUUAUUGGUAGUUGAUUGAUUCACAGCCGUAGAUUAUUUGGGAAAAAAGUUGAAAAAGCACUGACAUCUUUGUGCCUUCAAACUAAUAUAAAGGUAAAUGGAGAGCUGGGCUCAAGAGGAAAGUUGAUGGCACCACCAACAAAACUGGAAUGUCUAUUAAAACUGUAAUAUAUACACGUAGCAGAAGAUGUUACUGCUUAUUAACAGCGUUAACAUAAACAAGAACAUGAAAGGCAUUAUCUGUUUUUGACAGACGGGUCUUACAAUUUUCUGUUAAACUUAGCUGAAACCAGAUAUUUGAUUUCGUGUUCGUAUUUAUCGACGGAAAAUGUAUUGAACAGCCUUCCCGAACAAACGUCUAUCAGCAAUUUUUUUAAACCAAUGGAUCAAAUCUAUAAUAUUGUCGAGUAGCUGUUGCUAAAUAUGUGGUGGACUGCACUCGACCCAUUUUUAUCUAUCGGUAUUAA